CAGUGAAAUUGCAGCAAUGGGAAGUGGCGCGGAGAGAGCGACGGAGGAGCAACUGCAAAAAAAUAUUUGGAAAAUCAUUUGGUUCAAUGGCAUCUUUUCAGUGUUCUCAUCCAUCGCGCAGUUGGGCCUCUUUGACACGUACCUCUUCAUUAUGGCUGGAAAUUCCAACACUGCCGUGGGUUGGGCUGAAUCCAUUUCUGGAUUGAGCCAAAUUGUGCUUGCAGGUCCUGCUGGAAUUUUGACAGAUACAUGUUCGCGAAGCAAAAUUCUGAAUUGGUGUGUUUUGUUGGCCGUUCUGGCCGUUGGAACCUCAAUUGCAGGUGUUGGCUUAGACAAUUUCCCAAUCAUCUAUGCCUCUCUGUUCGUUUUUGGAGCGUACAGUGCCAUACAAAACACCGCGAGUUUUGCGUUGUACUCCGAUUCUAUCCCACAGGGAUCACGAGCAAAGUGGUUAUCGCGAGUGAGUAUCGUCAAUCAAAUCGGCUAUGGUGCUGGACCUUUCCUCAGCCUCUUUUUGUUUGCAUAUUUCGGAAAUGAGUGGAAACUAUCGGUUCUCCACGUUGUGCUGAUCAUUGGUUUCUUGGGGAUGGUCCCAGCGAACAUGUUCUUGGUGAAUUUGAAAGAUGCUCAACAUGAAGAUGGCGGCGCCGAGGCUUCAGGCGCUUAUUGCAACCUGCGCUACGCGCGGGUCGUACCUUGGCUGAUCUGCACCUUGGACGUGGUCUCUGCAGUGGGGGCCGGGAUGACCGUGAAGUUCUUCCCGCUGUUCUUCAAGGAGGACUACGGCUUGAAUCCCGGACAGAUCCAGUUGCUUUUCGCCAUCUAUGGUCUCUCCUUUGGCUUUUUCACCUGGCUAUGUGAAAAGGCUGCAGGCAAGAUUGGUCGUGUUCAGGCUGGACUCUUGUUUGCGCUGUCUGGUGUGAUGUGCCUUUUCCUUUUGGCAUAUCUCAGGUGGCUGCCCAGUGUGUUGGUGGUCUUUGUGAUCCGUGGCGCUCUGGCGAAUGCCAUCUACCCCAUCGACCGAUCCAUUCUGAUGGACUUCGUGCCCUCCUCUGAGCGUGGCCGCUGGAACGCUGCGGAGAGCAUCAGCAGUAUGUCCUGGUCUGGCUCUGCAGUGAUCGGAGGCUACUUGAUGGAUGCCUAUGAUUACCGUCAAACCUUCGUCAUCACAGCGUUCAUCUACUUGGUCUCUGCUUCCCUAAGG